AUGACAAUCCCAAAAGAGUCUAUUCCCGAAGAACUCAGGCCGGAUAAGAAUAUUAGUCCGUAUAUUCAACGGGCAGUUGAAUUGGACACGACAGAGCCGAUAAUCAGUUACUACAAUAAAAUCUAUGUGCUUGAGUACAUUUUGAACAACAAGCUACACACAAGAUCCAAAGCUAACGAAGAAUUCACCAUAAAGCUCUUAGAUGAUACCGAAUCUACCAAGAAGGAUACAGCUGAUGAGAAUCUCCAUACAGUGUUGAAUGACAAGAACUUAUCCUUUCGUUACGUGUUGAAGUUUGCAUAUGGAUUAUUCAAUUCGUGCCUUGAGUCUCUAAAGUCCUACAGGGUUGAUCAAAAAUCCCAAACAAUUGCCAAAUUUAGAGCCUCAAUGUGUUUUUUGAAUGUGCUCAACGUAUUUGAAAGCUCAAAGGAUAGUAUUGAUUUCGCUGGAAUUUUUGGACCUAAAGUCAAAGAUUGGAACGAUUUCAAUGCAUUGAACAAAGAGAAGCUCAAGGUAUUGAAGUAUCAACUAACACGAUUGAUCAAGGAUGAUGUUCACCCAGAAGAGGAGCUUGAAUCCAGUAACGCUGAUUUGGAGCAAGAGUUGGAAGAGGAAUUGAACAAGUUGAGCACUGACCAAUUCGAAGAAGAAAAUGCUAAAGAAACAACAAACGUGGAUAUUAAAGAUGAAGAGGUAGAGGAAAGUAAGAAUACUGGUCUGAACUUAAAUGCUGCAUCUAACAACUUCCCUAAAUCCGCUUCAGAUGAGUUUGAACAAGACGAUGCUGUCGAACAUAAACCAGCGGAGCCAGGUGCUGAUAUAAAUAAUAGCAACAAUGAAGCUGAAGAAAUAAACCUACCCGGUGCACCUCAUUUCAUACCAGACGAAAAUUCAGACUCUGACAAUGUCAAACUCCCCCAACCACCAAAAUUUUUGCCAUCAGAUGACAUUACGCACAUCAACAAGUCGGGAUCGAUCCAUGUGUUUCCUCCUGGGUCAAACACUGGUAAUACCAACCAAAAGUCAGAGGUUGCAAAAUCGACAAGUAUAAAUGCUGCUCGUCUGCAACAUCACGAGAAGCCGCUUAGCAAGGAAAACAUAAAGGAAAUGUUGAAUAGGGAUGAUGCCGUGGUUCAAAUACAAAAGCACACGAAAUUUGCCAAUUCAGCUUUACAGUUUGAGGAUUUCAAUGAAGCAGAGAAUCAACUUUUAAAGGGUUUAGAACUAUUAAGAGCUUUAAAACGUCAAGAAGGUGAAUAG